UGAAAGUAAGUUAGAGUUUCAUCUUAGUGUUCUUGUACAGCUGCCAUAAAACAGAUAAAAUGGUAAUGAUUCUGAAUACUUGUAUAACCAUUUCUUGGUCAGAUCUAAAGGGGCUACAGCCUCCAGGGGUGUGAUAACUGAGUCUUAUCAAAGGGAAAGGAACGCAAAGUAUCCUGGCCUUUCCAUCUGGUAUCUCAUUCACAUUGAAAUGUUUCAGAGCAGCGGUUGGUUUUCAUUUGAUAUUGACAAUAUACCGUACUAAACAUGGAGGACAGCUACUAUGAUUAUAGUUGGUACGAAGAGCUCUUCCUGUUAGAAGAUGAUCGGCAGAGCCAUCUGCACAACCUGUCUAUUCCCGUCGUGCCUUUCUCCAAUGUUUCGAACAACUCCACUUCGUUUGAGGACAGAGAUGUUCCUGUCUCGGCGAAAGUGAUGGUCGGUAUCAUCUACGUCCUGACGGGAGUUCUAUGUGGCUUUGUGAAUCUGGUGCUUGUUUUCUCUGUGGUGUACUACAAGAAGAUGCAGUCGGUGACAAACAUUCUGAUCGCAAACCUGGCUUUGUCUGAUUUUGGUUUAGCUGUUAUCAGUUUGCCAUUCUCGUUGGAUUAUUAUAUUGUCCACACGCGGCUGUGGCGUCAUGGAGAAGCUGCCUGCGCCGCCGUCAACUUCAUGCAGAUGGCGUCACUCUACGUGUCCACAUAUUCUCUUGUCGUCAUCACCAUUGACAGAUACCUUGUGAUCAUCCACCCACGGCUCCCGCGAAUGAGACGGAAGGGCUUCUGCGCAGUGGCGGGUCUGACAUGGAUGACGUCAGCGCUCUUGGCUGUUCCCGCAGCGCUGUACUCUCGCGUGAUCUCGUAUCCGUCGCGUGAUGGCUCCUAUUGCGGGCAACUAUGGCCAGUUGGACAGCGUGCAUCUUACCGAGCUUACUAUAUCGCCGUGUUCGUGGCUGAGUUCGCUUUGCCGGUGGUAGCGAUGUGGUACUGCUACCUUCGUAUCCUCGUAAAGAUUUGUAAACGCAGAGUCCCGGGACAACAUACGGCGGCACAGACUGACCAGUUGGCGCGGUCCAGACUGAGGACAGUGCGCAUGCUCAUCUUGCUCACCACGAUCCACAUGCUGUGCUGGGCUCCGUAUCACGUGGUGUCGCUCAUCCGGGACUUUUAUCCUGACCUUCUCAACAGCCUCCUGUUAAACAACACGACAAUGUACAUCGCCGAGGGGCUAGCGAUGGGCAACAGUAUGAUGAACACAAUUCUAUACAUUGUAAUCAACCCCAACAUCAGGUCUUAUCUUAAAGCGGCACCGCGCGACUUUUAUCGGUGCUGCACCAACAGAAAGGGUGUAUCAGUUCGCCGACAGUUCCGAUUGUCGUCACUGAGCUUGGGCAGCCUCAAAGGAAGCAAGAAACGUCAAAUGUCUGCGGAAAGGGCUUAGCGCAUGAUAUAUAUUAAGCUUUGGGAAAAAAUUCCCAAAAAGUAAGUCGAAAGGAAUCCUGUACAGUGCAAUUCUAUGCUUUCUAACACGUUGGAUAUCUUUAUUGUUUGCCACCUUGUCGGGGAAAAAUAUUAAAACAGAUAAAACUAGUGGGGGGUCAAUUCUUGGAAAAAAUGUGAGGCGAUUUAAUUUGCUGCUACAGUUAACCUUCCAACAAAACUACAAACAUGUAGUAAGACAUCGCGUUUGCAUACUUAUAGAAUCAUUGUCAAUUGCAAUUUAUUUAGGUUUCGCUCUUCGUUUCCUUCGGUGUUUAGUACCUUACUUUGAACUUUCCCUGCCUCUAGCAGUAAGCUCCAUAUUUUAAUGCCUACUAUCUGUGUGAAUUUUCUCUCAGCAUGCGUGAAAGACGAUAGACAUUAUAUGUGCUCGUGUACGCGUAUAGUGUUACCGACUGUAGAGCAUAUACUGUUUAGUGGCCACUUCCAUACAAUUUUGUGUCACCUACUGUGGAGUAUACACUGCUUUAGUGGACACUUCUUUACGCAUUAAUAAUCUUGUACAUUA